AUGAACUUCCUAACCACUCAACUGAUCCCCACUUACGAUAAAUUGAGUGAUAUAUUAAACGUCGAGUUAAUCCCACUUCAAGUGAGUUAUAAGAAAGUCCUCAAAAGCGACGGCACUUUCGACACAGAGUUUCAAUGCAUGCAUGACUUGCAGGAGUGUAUUGGCAACAGAAUAUGGGGGUGUGCGUGGAAACAGGAGUCCCACAAACGGACAUUUGAUUUAAUUGAAUGCAUGUAUAACUCGACCGAUCGGUUAACCCCGGGAAUUGCCGCCAAACAGUGCUCUCAAGAGUUGGCCUACAAUUGGACGGCAAUUGACGAGUGCUCGUCCGGACCGUUGGGAAGGGGUUUACAGUUAGAGGGUUUUGAAAGGCAACAGAAAGUGGUGCCACCCGUGAGGGGAACUCCAUGGGUGCUACUGAAUGGCGAGAAUAUAUGGAGUAAACACGCGUGGGAACGGCUGUUUGAGAUUGUUUGCGAGACAUACACUCAAAAGGCAAUCGUAAUAACGAUAGGAGUGGCGGGUAUUUGCAUACAAUUCGUGGGCCUAUGGGCCGUACAUAAGGAAAGUUAUUACAUGACGGGAUCGUACGGUACGAUACUGUGCUUUAUAGCCGGGUUCAGUAUCGCGUGGGGACUGUUACCCGGGUAUGAGUACGUAUGGGUGAUGACCAUUAUAUAUUUCGUGAGCAGUUUAAUGGCGCUGACAUUUGCCCGACAUAUACGGCGCGUGAGGCUACAGGCGCCCGAAAGACCUGUGUAUAUGUCUACCCGAUCCACAAAUGCCAUAAUUAUGACACCUGCCUAUCAAUACCCGGCUUAUACACCGCCAACGAGGACAGUACCCGUGCCCGACAAUCCUCCCACUUAUGAACAGUCUAUGGCUUAUAUUAAUAGUAAUCCGUUUGGGAAGCCUAUGAACACACCUGUGCUUAGUUAUCCGUCAGAGCCGUCAGCACCGGCACCAUCAACAGCACAGGGAUGGCAUUCAUAG